CUGAAUCUUCUGAUACUAUUGGUUUGAAGAAAUUUGAAACAUUUUGUUUGACGUGCGGGUUAUUAAUUGUGAAAUUUCGGAAAAUAUACAAUAGUUAUUUAGAUUUGUGUUUUUCUGUGAUCAACAAUAUAGUCAUCAUGUUUAAAAAAUUCGACGAGAAGGAGAGCAUCUCUGGUGUGCAGCAGCUCAAAUCAUCGGUACAGAAGGGCAUUCGAUCCAGACUGCUGGAGCUAUAUCCUCACCUCGAGAAUUACAUCGACCAGGUUCUGCCUAAGAAGGACACAUUCAGGAUUGUCAAAUGCCAUGAUCACAUUGAAAUAAUGGUGAACAGCGCAGGAGAGCUUCUAUUCUUCAGACAUCGAGAGGGACCAUGGAUGCCUACACUCAGGCUACUUCAUAAAUAUCCGUUCUUCCUACCAAUGCAGCAAGUGGACAAAGGCGCAAUCCGCUUCGUACUCAGCGGUGCGAACAUAAUGUGCCCAGGGCUAACUUCUCCAGGGGCGCGUAUGAGUCCGCUCGGGAAGGGCAGCGUGGUAGCUGUCAUGGCGGAGGGCAAAGAACACGCAUUGGCUAUAGGCAUCACCUCGCUAUCUACUGAAGACAUAGCCAAAGUAAACAAAGGAGUUGGGAUAGAAAACUGCCAUUACCUCAAUGAUGGACUCUGGCAGAUGAAACCCGUGAAGUAAAGCGAAAGGAGAUCUUGUAUUUAAAAUUAUGAAUUAUUUUAAGUUUCUUUUAUAAUAAAAUUAAAUUGUGCACAAAUAAGGACA